GCAUAACCGAGGAGUGUACAGUAUCAGACUCUGGAAUAGUCAGCUUCUUUGAACUUCCACAGCUGCUGGAGGAGGAGAGGAGGAGAGGAGGAGAUGAGGGUGGGAGGUCUGGGCUGGAGCACGUAGCCUGCUUACAAAUUAUCACCAUGACUAAACUCGGACAGCGUGAGAGAGUUUGUGUAGCUCCCCUUUCCCUCCCGAGCCAUCUUUUCAGUCCAGAUCGAUCUGUGAUCUCCACUUGAACGACGACCGCGUCCUGCCGCUCCUGCCGCCGCUCCUGCCGCUCCACUUCUGACCGACUUCCCGGCUGCUCCGCACAGCCGGAGCCCGCUGGCGGAGGCAGCAGCAGCAGCAGCAGCCCUGCACGGCUCUCCUCCCCCGCUGCUGUGUCAAAAGAUUAUCAGACAACAGCCGACCGCGACACUGCUGCAGAUCCAGCCUCCGCCGAGCCACCGCGGGGUCGGGACGGAGAGAUCUGGGGCUGAGGGAGGACAUUCAAGUAUGAGCCGGGUUGCUCUUUUCUUUUUCUGCUCCCAUGCAAACUCGAGCCUGCUGUUUUGGUGAGGCGGGAGCGAUGACUUUGCCCCCUGGACGACGCUUCUCCUCCUGGAGCCUGACUGUGUACAAACAGUGAGACUUUUAUCAGCGAGCCCGGCUCAUCAACGACAUUAAAAGAGACUUUUAUUGUCCUCCGACAGCGCUCCCACUUCGGAUUACUUUCUAUAAAUCAAGCCGGAACGAUCGAGCCCAAGUGCAAGACGAAUGGUUUGGGCAUGGUGCCCACGCCCCAGGUGUGCGUAUCAACCCUGGUCACUGUGAGCACGAUGGCAGUGGUGGACCUCUACCUUCUGGAGCAGAGCAUGCUGGGAGCCCGUGGUCUUUCGGGGCCGAGCAUGUGGCAGUACGCAGCUGUGUUGUCAGGCGACGUGGGAUUCCUGCUGGCGCUGCGCUUCGUCUCAGCUGGAGUGGUUUCUGAGGCGCGAUCGCCGCGUCGGGGUUUUGCCAACGCCCUCUGGUUCCUGUUCCUGUCGCUCCUCCAGCUUAAGCUCUUCUUUGUCUGUCAUAACUACAGGCAGGAGCGUCGGCCGCCGGACCCGCUGGCCAGAAAAACCCUGACGCUGCUACUGUCCAUCUGCCUGCCCUCGCUGUUUCUCAUCCUGACGGGAGCCGACCACAUGACCCCGCAGCGCAGGAAGCAGGAGGUGCGGGGCCGGCUGCUGUGGGUGGUGGUGGACCUGCUGGACGUGCUGGACCUGCAGGCCGGGCUGUGGGAGGCCCAGAGCGGGUCUGCGGCGGGGGCCGGCGGAGCCGCCGAGCAGAAGCUGCCCAUCUGGGCUGAAGGCCUGGUCUUCUUCUACUGCUACGCCCUGUUGUUGCUGCUGCCGUGCGUGGCGCUCACAGAGCUGGGGGCCACGGGCCUACCUGGACAGAGAGGCCCCCGGAAGGAGGCUCUGUACCCCUGGCUCAGCCUGGUCACCAUCAACAUCUUCACCCUGGUCUUCAGGGGCACGGGCAUGCUGUGGUACAGAGACCCCCGAGUGUCCACUGUGUUUCUAGGCAAAAACUUGCUGGCUCUUGUUGUGAAGCUGAGCUCCGCCUGGGAGAGACACAAGCAGGAGCGCGGCGCUGCAGGAGCUGGGACUGUGGCUGGAGCAGAACCAGGAGGCUCCGUUGUGCCAAGCCAGAAUUCGGAGCAGGAAGAUGGCCGAGCCCAGGGAAAGGCUCCUCCCGCUCAUUAUCACUCACUGACUCGCUCCCAAAGUCACACACUCUCCCACGUGAGCCUGGAGCCCCCACAAACGCCCUUAGGACCUCCUUUCAUCUCCCAUGAACUGUAGAGAAUCGCUCGGAACAUGCACGCAUGCAAAAAUGUAUGAACGCACACCCAAACAUGAAAACUUGGACGUGCAAAGCCAGUAUCGCAUCCAAGCAGAUUUCGUGUAUGGAAUUUUGGUGAUGGGUACAACAUAGAGCUGUGCAAAAGCAUUUGGCAAGCUGAGCAUUUUAUCAUCCUAAGAGUAACUCCAAAUGCAUUGUUGUGAUUUUUGGGGGUGUAUUUUUAAAGUCAACACUGUGAGCACAACUAUCAGAGUGUACAGAGUACUCUAGGAAGUUUGAAGUCUAGUAGUGGUCAUUGUUGUACAAAGGAGGCUUUACUGCCUCCAGCUGCUUUUGUGGUUUGAGUUGGGGGUUUUUUCUUCUGGUUUUCUUCUUUUUCUUUCUAAAUAUCAAUUAAUAUCUGUGUGGGAGUGAGGAAUACAAAUUUGAGUUUAGUUUGUGUUUAGUUUAAGUUUAACUCAAACUAAACAGCAAAGUUAUAUCAAACUUUGAGUUUAGUUUCUGGGGUUCUUCAGAAAAGACAAAAA